UCCUUCAUCUUGUCAGCCAUGGCUUAUGACCGUUAUAUUGCCAUUUGUAAACCACUGUUGUAUAUGGUCACCAUGUCCCCUCAGAUGUGUUUACUCCUUUUGUUGGGGGUCUAUGGGAUGGGAGUUUUGGGGGCUGUAGCCCAUACAGGAAAUAUAGUGUUUCUAACCUUUUGUGCAGACAACCUUGUCAAUCACUAUAUGUGUGACAUCCUUCCCCUCCUUGAGCUCUCCUGCAACAGCUCUUACAUCAACUUGCUGGUGGUCUUCAUUGUUGUAACUAUUGGCAUUGGGGUGCCCAUUGUUACCAUUUUUAUUUCUUAUGGUUUUAUUCUUUCAAGCAUUCUCCACAUUAGCUCCAGUGAGGGCAGGUCCAAAGCCUUCAGUACCUGCAGUUCCCAUAUAAUUGUGGUAUCUCUUUUCUUUGGGUCAGGGGCUUUUAUGUAUCUUAAACCACCUUCUAUUUUACCCCUUGACCAAGGGAAAGUGUCUUCCCUGUUCUAUACCAUUGUGGUGCCCAUGUUCAACCCAUUAAUCUAUAGCCUGAGGAAUAAGGAUGUAAAAGUUUCCCUGAAGAAAACCCUAAGCAGAAUUACCUUCUCUUGA